AUGGCAAAGUGGAGGCCACUCAGCAGAGCACAGGCGCAGAGUGACCCGGCCAUCAUCAGGGGGGUGACCAGUCAGAAAUGGCCGGGUCUGGCUGUGAAGGAUUUUGGGGAGAAGAAAGGAGUUGUUGCAACCAAGGCCUUCAGGAAGGGCUCCAUCCUGUGUGAUUUCCACGGAAAGGUGAUCACAGGUGCUGAGGGCAGGGAGAUGGCAGAGAGGCAGGACGAGCUGGGCCACCUGUUUUUCAUUAAACAUGGCAGUGAGGACGUCUGCAUCGAUGCGGAGACUUUCCCCUGUGAGUGCCACCCGUCUCUGGAAACCAUAGGGAGAUGGAUUACACACUCCAAGAAGAAAUUCAAUGUGCAGCCUCGCCACUGCAUUGUAAAACUUCAAGAUUGA